UCGGACCCGUGCGUGCAGCCGGGAGCGCUCCUUCCAGGCCCAGUGCUCCCGAGGUCCCCGCCGGCUGAGCUGCGCCCGCGGUCUGUGCGCUCCCGGGCCCGCCAGGCGCGAGGGGAGGGGAGGCGACGGGAGCGAGGAGGGCAGUGCCGCCGAGGGGGAGGCGCUGUGCGGUGCCUGCCCGAGGGAGAUCUGCGCCUCCGAGUGCGCGCGAGCGAGCUGGCCGGGGCGCCCCGCGAGCCUCCACAGAGCUCCGCCCGGGCCCGACCGCGCCGCCGGGGACUCGCGGGCUGGGGGCGCCGCUGGGGGCUGCGCUCGGCGUCUUGUUGGACACGCCGCCGCCUCUGCCAAGUCCGGCCGGAUCUCUGCGGCUGUUAGCAGUGUGACGAGCAGCAGGAGCGAAACCAAGAGAAGCAAAGAGAAGAGGACAAUCUUUUUUUUUUUUUUUUUUUUUUUUUUUUUGGCCUUGGAUGCUUCGCCCGGGCAAGACAGCAAGUUGCGUGCGCGCCCGGGGUCAGGAAAGGAGGUGGCCGCCGCCCGCCAGCCGUGGACCAUCAUCUUUACUACAGAGGAUGAGAAGUUGACACUCAGUGAGACUGAAGAUCCCUUCUGCUAAGAGACACUUCCCCCUUGCACAGCUGUGGAUUUGCUGCCUGAGCUCUGUGCUUUCAGCCCUUCUUUCACUCUUGCAGAACAAACCCCAGGACAAUUACUUCAGGUUCCUAUUCCUGAUCUGGUGAAUGAUGGCAUCCAGUCUGACUUGUGCUGGGGUGAUUUGGGCUUUGCUUUCAUUUCUCUGUGCUGCCACAUCUUGUGUGGGCUUCUUUAUGCCCUACUGGCUCUGGGGGUCACAGCUGGGCAAGUCUGUGUCUUUUGGCACUUUCCGGAGGUGCUCAUAUCCUGUGCACGAUGAGACCCGGCAGAUGAUGGUGAUGGUGGAAGAAUGUGGGCGCUACGCUUCUUUCCAGGGCAUUCCCAGCACAGAGUGGAGGAUCUGUACCAUCAUCACAGGCUUGGGCUGUGGCCUCCUGCUCCUGGUGGCACUCACUGCCCUAAUGGGAUGCUGUGUGUCCGAGCUCAUCUCCAGGACAGUGGGAAGAGUGGCUGGAGGAAUUCAGUUCCUGGGGGACCAUUACAUUUGUUUGGUGGGAUGUAUCACAAUCUGGAAUAUAUCUGUUUGCUUUGGAAGGGAAUCAUCUAGCUUGUUAAUUGGUGCUGGCUGUGCUCUCUACCCUUUGGGCUGGGACAGUGAGGAAGUCCGGCAGACCUGUGGCUACAUUUCUGGCCAGUUUGACUUGGGUAAGUGUGAGAUCGGCUGGGCUUAUUACUGCACGGGGGCUGGAGCUGCUGCUGCCAUGCUGCUGUGCACAUGGCUGGCUUGCUUCUCCGGCAAGAAACAGAAGCAGUACCCAUACUGAAGCUGGCCACCAAGAGCAGAGGAGAAGAUGGAGACCCAAAGGACUUGGAAGGACCUCAACAUCCAGUGACUUUCAAGAAAUGGAGCAGCAGUCUUAAUCCAUUUGAUGCUAAUGAGAUUACAAAAACCAACCAACCAGCCAACCCUUGGAUUCACUAGCAUUCUAUAACACAGAAGGGUGUGCAAGCUUGGUGCAUGGAAUGCCAAGUGUUGACUGAGUGAGGAAAAUGGACCAAAUCCUAGAACUAUUGCAGGGUGUUGGAAGUCUUCUAUUCCAGAGAGUUUUGUUAAAAUGGAACCCACACACAGGCACGCAGGCACAUAUGGACAUGCACACAACACACCUAUAUAUGCAAACAAAGGGUUUUGUUAUUUGUCACUGAAGAUCUCAGAGAAUCACAAGGGCUAGCAGAAGCAGUAUUACGUGGGGGAGCAGAAUCGCCUGCAGAAUGUUCCCUGUAGGUCAAGCGCUUUGAAAGCACACGAGCACACGCUGACCCGAAGCAGACACCCACACCCACGCGUGUGAACUGUGGCACAGACUGUAGGGGAGGGUGGGCAGUGCAUUACUCCUCUGUUUCCUUUUUCAUAUCUGUUUAAAAGACAGUAUUGUCACUUUAUAAAGCAUACAUUAAGCCUAGUAGAUGGACCAAUAAGCCACUCAACCCACCUUUUAUCCAACCUGUGUAAGCCCUUUAUGCCUCCCCGUCCCUGACAUGUUUGCAAUGAUUGUGCAAACCUUUAGAGUUAAACCUUCAUAUUUCCAUAUUAUUCAACCAUAUGCAGUAUUUCUCUCAAAUGGCUUCUGCUAUGAUAUUCUUAAGGAGCAAAGGGGCAGCUUUCUGUCUGUUGAAGGAGAGCAUUCGCUUGGCUACAAGAGUGGUAAGAGACACUUUGAAAUUAUUACAUCUUGCUUUCUUUUAUCUUUUAUUGUACUGUUUCACCACAUUUAUUUCAAUAUUCAUUUUUGUAAAAAAAAAAAGUGCUGUUUUGUUUGUACUUUAAAGACUCUGUGAAUAAACUGUCUUUGAUCAAUA